UAGAAGAUACACCGCCAACACCGGUUCUCCUGGAAAGACCCUUCGAAAGAGUCUAUCGUCCAGCAAAAUCCUUCGCUGAAGACCACUCUGGCUAUCGCAUCAUGUACGACCUCGACGAGCUUUUUGUGGGCCAUGGCGGGUCAAUCGGUGUUGUUGAUGCUCCCGGCCAUCGGGCGUGAUCUGGAGAUUUCCCAAGAGAACCUCACUUGGAUCCUGAACAGCUAUGUACUGUCAUACGGCUGUCUACUGCUCCUCUCCGGUCGGAUCGCCGACAUCAUCUCCAGGAAAUACACCUUCAUCCUAGGCAUGUUCCUCUUCUGCGUAUUCAGCCUAGGCUGCGGCCUGGUCCGUGAUUCGCAAGCUGUACCGUUCUUCAUCCUGAGAGCUCUGGCUGGGUUGGGGGCCUCGUUAGGCGCCCCGUCAGCCAUCGGGAUCAUCGCCGAGAAUCACCCCGAGGGGCGGAGGAGGAGUAUCAUGUAUGCGGCAUAUGGGGCGGGAAACCCGAUUGGUGCAGCGGUGGGUGUACUGCUUGGGGGGUCGUUGGCGGAUAGUGGAAGUCACGGAUGGCGCACCGCUUUCUACAUCACCUGCGGGAUCGCCAUCAUCCCGGUGAUCGGCGCCUUCUGGGCCGUCCCUUCGCAUCGACCAGAACCCGGGGCGGAUAGGAGGAUCGAUCUCAUCGGGGCCUUGUUGUCCACAGCGGGGCUCGUCAUGUUGCUCUAUGUGUUUACGUCAGGUCCGACGGCGUCUCAAGGUUUCCGUACACCAGAGAUCAUUGCCAUGCUCGUCGUUUCCGUAUGCCUCCUGGCAAUCUUCAUCUGCUGGGAAUGGUAUAUCGAAAACCGCCUCAACAGGCCGCCUCUCCUCAAGCUGGCCCUUUUCACGCGAGGCAAGGGGAAGCUGUCCGUGGUCUACGGUUUCAUCUUUUUCAAUUUCGCCUCCUUUAGCGGGUACUUCCUGCUCACCGACUUGUACUACCAACAAGUCCUCCACCUCAAGCCUUCUCAAACAAUGCUUCGCUUCCUGCCUACUUCAGUCAGUGGACUGGCAUGCAACAUCCUCAUCGCCUUUCUGGUACCGCAUGUCACUGGCCAGAUCUUGUUGUGCGUCGGUGCCGUCAUGACAGCGAUCGCGCCCCUGCUCUACGCGGUGAUCAAACCGGGCGCCAUCUUCUGGACGAACGAGUUCUGGGCGAUGAUCCUCUGCGUGGCCGGGGCGGAUUUCGGAGUCGCCGUCGGACUCAUCUUCGUCUCCAAGCUGUCCCUCUCCUCGGAACACAGCUCGGCGGGAGGGCUGUUUCAGACGGCUUUGCAGGUCGGGAACGCUUUCGGCACGGCGAUCGCCACGCUGGUCUACACGUCGAUCGCGCAAAAGAAGGUCGAACAGAGUUCGAGUGUGGUCGAGAACGUCGUCAGUCAUGGAGAAUAUCCUCCCGAUGCGCUCUUGCCAGGUCUCAAGUCUGGGUUCUGGACGAGCUGUGGGGUUGCAUUGGGCGCCUUCCUGUUGUCAGCAAUCUUCUUGGGCGGGAUGGGAACCGUCGAGAAGAAGAUAGUCGCCAUCAAGAGCGAUCCCGAGGUUGCACACUCUCUCACCAUGGACGACAAGUACGGCGGGUUGGAGAACCCAGAAAGUUUCGGACAGGACAAGACAUCACGCCUAGUCGCGCAUGUUCGGUAAUAUAGGCGCAGGGGGUUCACCAAAAUUGUACUGUACUAGUAUCUAGGGAAAUCAGCAUGCUAUAUAAUUUCGUCACAUGCAUCGGC